GUCCCGGGAGACCAUGGCCCUGCGGCCGGCCCGCCCGGCCUUCCUGGCUCGCGUCCCGCUGACCCUGGGCCUGGUCCUCUUCUACUACUGCUUCUCCAUCGGCAUCACCUUCUACAACAAGUGGCUCAUGAAGAGCUUCCACUUCCCGCUCUUCAUGACCCUGCUGCACCUGGCCGUCAUCUUCGCCUCGUCGGCCCUGGCCCGCACGGCGCUCAGCCGCUUCCAGGCGCGGGCCCGCGUCGUCCUGGGCUGGCCGGACUACCUCCGCAGGGUGGCCCCCACAGCCCUGGCCACGGUGCUCGACGUGGGUCUGUCCAACUGGAGCUUCCUCUACAUCACCGUCUCCCUGUACACCAUGACCAAGUCGUCCGCCAUCCUCUUCAUCCUCAUGUUCUCGCUCAUCUUCAGGCUGGAGGAGCCGCGAGCAGGGCUGGUGCUGGUGGUGGUCCUGGUGGCGGCGGGGCUCUUCCUCUUCACGUAUAAGUCGACGCAGUUCGACGCGGACGGCUUCGCCCUGGUGCUGGCGGCCUCCUUCGUCGGCGGGGCCCGCUGGACCCUCACCCAGAUGCUCCUGCAGAAGGCCGAGCUCGGGCUCCAGAACCCCAUCGACACCAUGUUCCACCUGCAGCCCCUCAUGUUCCUCGGCCUCUUCCCCCUCUUCGCCGCCGUCGAAGGCCUGCCCCUGUCCACGUCGCGGAAGCUGUUCCGGGCGGAGGGCGCCGGGGCGUUGGCGGGGGUCCUCUGCGCCCUGCUGGGCGGGGGGCUGCUCGCCUUCGGCCUCGGCUUCUCCGAGUUCCUCCUCGUCUCCCGCACCUCCAGCCUCACCCUCUCCAUCGCGGGCAUCUUCAAGGAGGUGUGCACGUUGCUGAUGGCGGCCCACUGGCUGGGCGACCAGAUCAACCUCCUCAACUGGCUGGGCUUCGCCAUCUGCCUGUCCGGGAUCUCUCUGCACGUCACCCUCAAGGCCCUCUCCGCCAAAGGUGAGCCGGACCCCCGGACGCCCAAAGGAGCCCACGCGGACCCCGACCUCGAGCUGCUGCUGUGGAGCCGGGAGGACGACGACGACGACGACCCGGAGGACGAAGACGGCCCCCCGCGGGACCGAGGCGGCGGGGAGGCCGCCGGGGCCCGCUUUAUGCUGUGGGUGAGCGAGAGAGAGCCUCGCUUUUAUUCUCUCCUCGGCUCUCGCCCCUCGAAACAACUCCACGAGGCAGCGGUCGGUCCCGCCCCGGCCGCCGGUGAGUCCAGCCGCGGCCCCCUCGUGCCCCCGCAGCCCCUGGACUUCGAGGCUCAGGCGUCGCACACGCUGCUGCUGGAGGCGGCCAAUAAGUACCUGGACCCCCGGUUCUCGGGGCGGGACCAGGCGGUGGUGCGGGUGACGGUCACCGACGUGGACGAGCCCCCCGAGUUCCGGCCUCCGGGCGGCCCGCUGGAGGUGGCCGAGGACGCCCGCGUGGGCUCCCUGGUGGCCACCGUCACCGCCCUCGACCCCGACGCCACCAACAGCCCCAUACGGUACGCCAUCGACCCGGCUUCGGACUCGGAGCGGAUUUUCGACAUCGACGCCUACACGGGAGCCGUGGUGACGGGGAAGGGGCUGGACAGGGAGACGGCCGGCUGGUACAACAUCACCGUCCUGGCCAUGGAGGCAGACAACCACGCGCAGAUUUCCCGGGCCGUGCUCAGGAUCCAGAUCCUAGACGUGAACGACAACCCGCCCGAGCUGACCGCCCCGUUCGAGGUGGCCGUGUGCGAGGACGCCCAGCCCGGACAGCUCAUCCAGACCAUCAGCGUGGUGGACCGAGACGAACCCCAGGGCGGCCACCAGUUCUAUUUCCGGCUGGUGCCCGAGACCGGCCACGACGCCGACUUCUCUCUACUGGACAUCAAGGACAACACGGCGGCCCUGCACACGCGGCGGACGGGAUACAGCCGGGGGGCCGGGGGCGUCUUCCUGCUGCCCGUCCUGGUGUCGGACGGCGGCCGGCCGGCCCUCAGCUCCACGGGCACCCUCACCGUCCGCGUCUGCCUCUGCGACCGGGCGGGCCGCGUCCACUCCUGCAACGCCACCGCCGACCACCCCGCCCGCCACCGGACCCCCGCCCGCCUCGGGCCCGGGGCCCUCAGCGCCCUCUUGGUCGCCCUCCUCAUCCUCACCGUGUUCGCCCUGCUGAUCCUGACCCUGAAGCGGCACCACAAGGGCCCCCGCGGGCCGGACGAGGACGAGGACACGCGGGACAACGUCAUCAAGUACAACGACGAGGGCGGCGGGGAGCAGGACACCCAGGCCUACGACAUGACGGCCCUCCGCGGCCUCUACGAGCCGGGGGCCGCGGGCGGGGAGGGGGUCCCGGAGGGGCUCCCGGGGGUCCUGGCCCUCCUCCCGCGGGGGCGGCCGCCCAGCCCCGAGCCGGACUUCGGCCUGUUCCGGGACCUGCUGAGCCGCAAGGUGGCCCUGGCGGAUUCGGAUCCCUGGGUCCCGCCUUACGACGCGCUGCGGACCUACGACGAAGAGGGGGGGGCUUCUCCCGCCGCCACGCUCAGCCCGCUGCCCAGCCCCUCCUCGGCCUCCGACCCCGACCCCGACCCCGACCUCCCCUUCGCCUUCCUGGACGCCUGGGGCCCACGGUUCCGCCCCCUGGCCGCCUUAUACGCGGGUCUUCCCCCCGGGGAGGACUUCCAGGGGGACGGGGGCCAGGAGUCCUAGCCGUCCGACCCCCCUCCGGGGAGGGGAUGCUGCGUCGAGGGGCGCCGGGACCCCCAACCGCCCACCUUCCCUGGAAGUGGGGACCCCCCGCCCUCCGGAUGGGGGUGGGUGGGCGCCGGCUGAGCUGCGGGAAAGGCCGCACCUGGGCGGGAGGGAGGUGCGACGCCGAGGGUCUCUGCGGGGUCUCUGAGGCACUCUGCGAGUCUCUUCGGGUCCUUGUAGGUCUCCACGAGUCUCUGAGAUUCUCUGGGGGUCUCUGCGGGUCUCUGUGGUCCCUGGGAGUCUUUGCGGGUCUCUACAAGUCUCUGUGAGUCUCUGUGGUUCUCUGUGAGUCCCUGCGGGUCUCUGUGGGCCUCUACGAGUUUCUGUGCGUCUCUAUGGGUCUCUGAGAGUCUCUGGGGGUCUCUGCGAGUCUCUAUGGGUCCCUGGGAGUCUCUGCGGGUCUCUGCGGGCCUCUACGAGUUCCUGUGGGUCUCUGUGAGUCUCUGAGAGUCUCUGUGAGUCUCUGCAGGUCUCCGCGAGUCUCGGUGAGUCUCUAUGGGCCUCUGUGGGUCUCUGUGAGUCUCUACGGGUCCCUGGGAGUCUCUGCGGGUCUCUACGAGUCUCUGUGAGUCUCUAUGGGUCUCUGUGAGUCUCUGAGGGUCUCUCCGGGUCCCUGGGAGUCUCUGCGGGGCUCUGCGGGGCUCCAUGGGGCUCUGCGGGUCCCUGUGGUGGAUCUCUGUGAGUCUCCGUGGGUCUCGGCAAGUCUCUGCGGGUCUCUACGAGUCUCUGUGAGUCUCUAUGGGUCUCCGGCGGUCUCUGCGAGUCGCUGGGGGUCCCUGUAAGUCUCUGCGGGUCUCUGUGAGUCUCUGUGGGUCUCUGCGGGUCCCCGGGAGUCUCUGUGAGUCUCUGAGGAUCUCGGUGGGGUCUCUGCGGGUCCCUGGGAGUCUCUACGGGCCUCUGUGGGUCUCUGUGGAUCUCUGAGGGUCCCUGUGAGUUUCUGCAGAUCUCUGCGGGUCCUUGGGAGUCUCUAUGGGGUCCCCGAGGGUCCCUGUGAGUCUCUGCGGAUCUCUGGGGGGGGGUCUCUGGGGUGGGGGGAGGGUCGCCCCAUGAGGUGGAUGAGGUCUGCCUUUUUGGGGGUCGGCAGAAGGAGAGGGUGAGUCUCAGCCCACCGCCCCCUCCUCCACCUGGGACCCCUCACCUCCUCCUCCUCGCAGAGUCUACACUGUCAAAUAAGCCAUUUUGGAGCGCCCCCCACCCCCCACCCACCCCCCCAAUCCCCCCUUCGCCCCUCGCAGUCUACACCGUCAGGGAGGGAGCCCUGUGAACACCACCACCAGCAGGCCCAGGUGAAGGAGGGAACGAGUCUGUCUUGGCAGUGUAGACUAGGAUCCCCCCAACCCCACCCCCACCCCAAACCCCCCGGGGCAUGGAGGAAAAGUGAGUUGGGGUCGUAAUCCUGACACCUUUCUCAGGGGCCUGUCUAGGAAACCAGGGUUGGGGGGGGAUUUGAAGGGAAGGGGUGUGUUUGGGGGGGCAGCUGUCAGGGUCUUCGGGGUGUUGGGAGGGUCUGGAGGAUGGGGAGUGGGAGAGACACAGAGGGGAGUCCGAGCAGGUGGGGGGAAGGGGCGUCAUCCUGCAGUGUAGACACUUCCACAUCCAUGUGGGUGUGGGGGGGAGUCUGAUUCUUGGGCCCCCAAUCUCCCCCAGGUUCCUGGGAGGGUCUCAUCUACCUGCAGCCCCUCUUCCUGGGGGGGCAAAAGGGGGUUCGGACCCGGUCCCCCCCCCCAGGACCCUUCGCCUUGUUGCCAUGGCAACCGCCGGAGUUCCGGUCUCCCCUCCCCCGAAGAUGCUCCACUUUUCGGACCCCCCCCCCCCCGCCCUCCCAGUCCACCUGCCU